CUUGCUGCAUCUUCCAUUCCGAUCUCCCCCUAGAAGAAGAGUUCUCCUUCCGUACACGACGAAUACCAUCGCCGGAGAUCGGAACUCGCCGGAGAUCAACUCGCCGCCGUUACUUGCUCUAACUUCAUGAUCAAGCCAGGGAUGUAUGAUAAUCUAGGGGCUCAGCCUGGGGUUUCCAGACCACCAAAUAAUCAGCAGCCUCAUAUUCCUGAUGCAUUUGGAACUGCUUUCUACGGUGCUGGUUCUGGUCUUAUAAGAAGUGGUUUAGGCGCAUAUGGAGAGAAAUUCUUGGGAUCAAGCUCAGAGUAUGUGCAAAGCAAUAUUAGUAGGUAUUUCUCUGAUCCACAAUACUAUUUCCAAGUGAACGAUCACUAUGUGAGGAACAAAUUGAAGGUUGUUCUGUUUCCAUUUCUACACAGGGGCCAUUGGACCAGGAUAUCAGAGCCAGUGGGUGGUAGGUUGUCCUAUAAACCACCAAUACAUGACAUAAAUGCACCAGACUUGUACAUUCCAUUCAUGGUUUUUGGCACCUAUAUUGUGCUUGCUGGUUUCUCCUUAGGCCUGUAUGGCAAGUUUACCCCAGAAGUUCUAAAUUGGUUAUUCAUAAAGGGUCUGGUGGGUUGGGGUUUACAGUUCCUUCUGCUGAAAAUGUCGCUGAUAUCACUUGGAAGUGGGGAGGCGCCAUUUCUGGACAUAGUUGCUUAUGCAGGUUAUAUGUUUGCUGGGGUAUGUUUGGCUAUACUGGGAAGGAUUGUAUGGAGUUACUCUUACUACUUUUUGAUGCCUUGGACAUGCAUAUGUAUGGGUGUAUUCUUGGUGAAGACAAUGAAGAGAGUUUCUGAGGUUAGGAGUCAUGACUCUAGCAAACAACAUUACCUUCUUCUUUUCAUCGCUUUGGCUCAGUUCCCACUUUUCCUAUGGCUCGGUAAUGUUGGCGUCCAUUGGCUUUUCUAGAUAAGUUUUUAUUGUUCCUUGUUAUGAAAGUGUGAUUACUAUCUAGAUUCAGUGGCCAAUAAAUUUCUCAAUAUGUGUUGGACUAAUUUCAGUUUUCAAAUGAGAACUCUUGUUUGUUUAA